AUGUCCGAGGUCAAGCAACCAGUUCAAGAUCAGGAGUCGGCAGCUUCUUCCACAGCGCCACCCGAGGAUGGCGUUCUUAUCAAUGCCUCUGGACACGUCCAAGAGCUCCAGAGAAACUUUUCUCUCUUGUCACUAGCUGGUGUAGGACUUGUCGUCGGCAAUGUCUGGCCGGCAAUCGGUGGAUCCAUUCUGGUCGCCAUCUUCAACGGUGGCCCUCCCGGCGUGCUCUAUGAAUUUAUCCUCGUCUCGGUCUUCUACUGGACCGUCGCAGCCUCAAUCGCAGAGCUGGCCUCUGCGAUUCCUUCCUCCGCCGGUGUCUAUCACUGGGCCAGUGUCACCCCGGGCAAGAAAUGGGGACGCGUCGUAGGAUUCUAUGCCGGCUGGUGGAACGCGCUGGCCUGGAUCCUCGGUGCCGCCUCAAUGACCGCCAUCUUUUCCAACACGGUGGUGCAGAUGUAUGCCCUGAAGCACCCAGAUUUCACCGCCGAGGCCUGGCACGUCUUUGUGACCUACGUCAUCACGACUUGGAUCGCAUGCACGUUGGUGUGCCUCUUCAACAACGCCAUGCCCUACCUGAAUCAAAUCGGCAUUUUCUUUAUUCUUGCCGGCUUCAUCAUUACAAUCGUCGUGUGCGCCGUGAUGCCUGGCCGCGGUGGCCGCCCUGGUCAUGCAACCAAUGCUUUUGUGUGGAAAGACUGGACCGCCGAUAUUGGAUACCCAAGCGGAUUCGUCUUCGUCGCUGGCAUGCUCAACGGUGCUUUUAGCGUGGGAACACCCGAUACCACUACUCAUCUAGCUGAAGAAAUCCCCUACCCACAACGAAACGUCCCGAUCGCCAUCUUUUGCCAGGUGAGCAUCGGUUUCGUGACUGGCUUGACCUACCUGAUCGCUAUCAUGUACGCCAUCAACGAUUACGACGCCCUCUUCCUUUCGCCCUAUCCCAUCGCCGAGAUAUACCGACAAGCGACCGGCUCCGCAGACGGUGCUAUUGGCCUGUUGUCGUUGGUCAUGAUCUGUAUCGGCAUCUGUGUGGUCGGACUGUACAUUACCAGCGGACGAACGCUGUGGGCUUUAUCCCGCGAUGGUGCUCUUCCAUUCCCUCGGAUUUUCAGCAAAGUCUCGCAACGAUUCAACAUGCCACUCAACGCGACUGUCACAGUGGCGAUCGUGGUCACCAUUCUCGGAGCCAUCUAUGUUGGCAGCACUACAGCUUUUAAUGCCUUUGUCGGUUCCUUUGUGUUGUUGUCCUCAUCAUCCUAUGUCGCAGCAAUUCUGCCCAACCUUGUGACCGGUCGCAAGAAUAUCGAGGUCUAUGGUCCCUUCGAACUCAAAGGAUGGAAGGGCUUCGCGCUUAAUGGUAUCGCGUGCGCUUACAUGAUCGUUUGGUUCGUCAUCUACUCUUUCCCAUUCGCCUUGCCCACCGACGCCAAGACGAUGAAUUACGCUGCCUUGUUGUGGGGAGGCUUCACUAUUCUUGUGUCUGCGUGGUGGUUCUUGGGUGCAAGGCGCAGUUACGAAGGUCCGCCGAUGGUCAGGGAUGGAGGACGUGCCACCUUGGCCGAUACUGUGAAGCAGGUUGACCCAAAGGUUCAUCGGGUCAGAAGUGUUGCGUCUGGCAGUGUGGAAUAG